CGCCUCUGAGUUGCCGUAGUUGUAGUUUGUUGGUUCAGAACAGAAUCAGACACUGCUGAAAUAUAAGUGAAAUAAACAGCUAGCUACAUAAUCAUAUCAUGAGUCGAUCGUACAAUGACGAGUUACAAUAUUUGGACAAGAUUGACAAGAACUGCUGGCGAAUCAAGAAAGGUUUCGUCCCAAAUAUGCAGGUGGAAGGAGUGUUUUACGUCAACGAGUCCCUGGAGAAGCUGAUGUUUGAGGAGCUGCGUAACGCGUGUAAAGGAGGAGGUUUUGGUGGGUUUCUCCCUGCCAUGAAACAGAUUGGAAACGUUGCAGCUCUGCCGGGUAUAGUCCAUAGGUCCAUCGGCCUGCCAGACUGCCACUCGGGGUAUGGGUUCGCCAUCGGAAACAUGGCUGCCUUCGACAUGAGCGACCCCAACGCUGUCGUAUCCCCAGGUGGUGUGGGGUUUGAUAUUAACUGUGGAGUGCGUCUACUAAGGACCAACCUAGACGAGGGAGACGUCCAGCCUGUCAAGGAGCAGCUGGCUCAGGCCCUGUUUGACCACAUCCCUGUAGGAGUCGGCUCCAAGGGAGUCAUCCCUAUGACCGCCAAGGAUCUAGAGGAGGCUCUAGAGAUGGGAGUGGACUGGUCCCUGAGAGAAGGCUAUGCCUGGGCAGAGGAUAAGGAGCACUGUGAGGAGUAUGGCAGGAUGCUGCAGGCCGACCCCAACAAGGUCUCCUCCAAGGCCAAGAAGAGAAUCUAUAAUGAUCUGGCUAACCUGGGGGCAGGGAACCACUACGCUGAGAUCCAGGUGGUGGAUGAGAUCUAUAAUGACUAUGCUGCUAAGAAGAUGGGCAUCGACCACAAGGGCCAGGUGUGUGUGAUGAUCCACAGUGGCAGCAGGGGGCUGGGCCACCAGGUGGCGACAGAUGCCCUGGUUGCCAUGGAGAAGGCGAUGAAGCGAGACAAGAUCCAGGUGAACGAUCGUCAGCUGGCGUGCGCCCGUAUCUUUUCAGAGGAGGGACAAGACUACCUGAAAGGAAUGGCCGCCGCCGGCAACUAUGCCUGGGUCAACCGUUCCUCUAUGACCUUCCUCACACGACAGGCGUUUGCCAAGGUGUUCACCACCACUCCUGAUGACCUGGAUAUGCAUGUGAUCUAUGACGUGUCUCAUAACAUCGCCAAGGUGGAGGAACACAUGGUGGAUGGGAAACAGAAGACUCUACUGCUGCAUCCAAGGGAUCCACCCGGGCCUUCCCUCCACACCACCCCCUCAUCCCUGUAG